AUGGCCUCCGCCGGAGCCCGCCUACUGCUCUUCUGCGCCGGCCUGCUGGCCGUCACCGUCGCUGCCGCCUCGGACCUCGGGGCCGGGGAUGCCGGUGCGCCCCCAGGAAACCGCGUCCGCCAGGAGCUGCCCGCCGAUACUGCGGAUCACCGCAUGAGGCGUGCCACCACCGGCCUGCCGGAGUCCACCACCAAGAGAAGAGCCAGCCAGGACCCCUGGGAGAGCUGGAAAGCCUUCCUCAGGCACAAUAACCGGCAGGAUGCUAAGGCCAAGAAGAGCAGAGGCAAAGGCAGGACGUUGGAGCCAUGCCCCCAAACCCUUGUCCUCCUGAACAACUCAAAGCCCAUCAACUCAUCAGAACUGGUGAAGGAGCUCCGGCGGAUGAUAGAAGAAUUGGUGCCACUGCGAGCGCUCUGGGAGCUGGGCCUCGCCCCAGACGAUGCAGAGGAGGCAGCAGGGAACAGGGACAGGGUGGACGAGCUGACAGAGGCCCUGGCCAGGAGCCCCCGGCUGGUGGGGGACGCCUUCCACUGCCGCCUGCGCCAGAAAUUGUCGGUGGAGCGGCGCACGCUGCAUGAACUUGGUGGCUACUACCUGCCCGAAUCCGAGGGCGCUUUCUAUCGUGGCCUGGGCCUGAACCUGACCAGCGGCCAGUACACAGCGCCAGUAGGAGGCUUCUAUGCUCUUGCUGCCACGCUGCACGUGGCCCUCCCUCAGCAGAGGAAGCCAGAGCAGCAGCACCCUCGGGACCGCCUGCGCCUGCUCAUCUGCAUCGAGUCCCAGUGCCAGAAUCACACCUCCCUGGAGGCUGUCAUAGGUCUGCAGAACAGCAGUGAGCUCUUCACCAUCUCCGUGAACGGUGUUCUGUAUCUGCAGACAGGGCAGUACACCUCCGUCUUCCUGGACAACGCCAGCGGCUCCCUCGUCACUGUGCAAGGCGGCUCCCAGUUCAGCGCUCUCCUCCUUGGCAUCUGAGCAGUAUCGAGCUGGGUCCCAAC